CCUUCCCUCGCCGAAAACCAAGGCCAUGCUGCGGUUGAGGGCAAUCAUCCUCGCCCUCAACGGCGCCAGCGCCAGCGUCAGCCAAUGCUUCUGCGGCUGGGUCGAGCAGUACCCAUGCCCUGAGAUGGUUGGCAUGACCGCGUCGCCUGUGAACCCAAACAACCUGCCGUCGGCGGUCCCUGUCGCCGCCGACUUCUCGCAGCAGCAGUGCUACGACUAUUGCUGCCCGGAUGGCUUCUACAAGGACGACCCGACGCCCUCCCCGCUCUCUCCUCCGCCUCCUCUCUCUCCACCUGUGCCGUACGUCUGCUCUUGCGGGUGGACGGCAGACUUUUCGUGCCCAGGCAAGCCUCUUGGCUCACAGGGAGCGGCCAGUAUCGACGGGUCUCCGUGCUUCAACUACUGCUGCAACAGCCCCAGCGCUCCGUACCCGCCGUUCUCGCCUUCUCCGCCUCCGUCGCCGCCGGCGCCUCCAGAGCCACCUGCGCUUCCUUUGCCUCCGGGCUGCUCCGAGUGCGAUGCGGGCGAGGAGUGCGGCUACUGCCUCAAGCUCGUCACGCCGUGCCAGUUCUGGUACGCGUGGGAACAGGAACAGGCCACCUGCGGGCCUGACCUCGCCGCGGGAGAGUGGUGCCGCGGCGACGGGUCAUGCGGGACGGGAGCGCCCGAGAACCAAUGCACGCUCCCCAUCUACAACGCCAUCUACGUGCGCGUCGACUGCGCCCUGAUUCCUCCCUCGCCCCCUCCGCCUCUCGCGCCGCGGCCUCCGGCCAUGCCUGGCGAGGGAGCCUACCUGCCAGCUCCUCCGCCGCCCCGCGCACCCGGCCAAGACCUCCAGCCCCAGCGGCAGGGCGAGGGGAACGGGAUCUUCGGCUCCAUCUCGCUCCCGCUCCUGAUUGUGAUAAUUGUGCUCGCGGUCUGCGUGCCGUUACUCAUCUGCCUCCUUCUCUGCUACCUCUGCCCGGGACGGUUCGGAUGCCGCAGGCAGGAGCCGGCGACCAUGGUGCUCAUAUCGACCGGCGGCAUGGGCGUGGUGUGGGCACUAGUCGGUGGCCAACCGCUCUGUAUCAUCGGCGUCACCAUGCCCGUCGCCAUCUUCACCUCGGUCUGCUACAAGCUCGCCGAGGCGCUCGACGCGCCCUUCUUACCGUGGCUCGGCUGGGUCUGCAUCUUUUCGGGCGCUCGCCGCACGCCCCGCACCCGCUACAGCGCGGACCUGACACCCGCGCCCUCCUUUCCGGCCCACGCAGGCCUGAUGCACAUUGCGCUUGCGAUCUUUGGCGCGGUUCACUUUGUAAACAAGACGACCGCCUUCUCAUGCGAGAUCUUCGGCUUCUUCAUCUCUGUCACCUACAUCUGGGAUGCGCUCGUCGCACUGCUCGACCCGAUUAUCACCGGCGCCGCGCCUUCCGCGAUGCCCACUCCGCCCUGCACCGCUCCCACCGCCCAAUCCUGCGCACAGGCAAAGACCUCGACUUUGACGGCACCUAUCCACCCGGCGCAGCAGCGCGGCGCGGCCUUCACCAACCUCGCGCUCGCCGGCGGCACCUACGUCUUGUGCAUGGCCUUCCACCGGGCGCAGCGCUGGCGCCUCUUCACUCCGGGCGUGCGCGUCCUGCUCGCCGACUACGCCGCGGCCCUGUCGCUCGGCGUCCUGACGGCGCUGUCCUAUAUCCCGGUGGUGGACGACGCGAUCGGCGACAAGCGGCUCGACGUGCCAGACGACAAUGGCCUCAACCCUUCCUUUGACCGCAGCUGGCCGGUGGACCUUUCUGCCGGUGCAGAGGACCCGGCCGCCGAGCUCAUCGUCGAGUCGGCGAGCAACGCCACCGCGGCGGCGCUCGAGGAGCCGCUCGUGCUCGAGGCGUGGCAGAUCGCCGCCUCCACCUUGCCGGCGCUCAUGCUGACGGCGCUCUUCUUCUUUGACCACAACGUCUCGUCCAAGCUGGCGCAGGACCCAAAGUUCCACUUGCAGAAGCCGAGCGCGUACCACUGGGACUUCUCAGUCCUCGGCCUUGAGGUGCUGCUCGUCGGCCUCUUUGGCGUGCCGCCGGGAAACGGGCUCAUCCCCCAGGCGCCGCUGCACACGCGCGCCCUCGCCACCGUCGAGCUGCAGGAGCGAGCCUCGGGCAGCGGGCACAAGGAGACCUUCCACUCGGUGGUCGAGACGCGCUGGUCCAACCUGAUACAGUCCACCGCCGUGCUCUGCUCCGUAUUUGCCCUCCCCGCCAUCGCCGUGAUACCGCAAGGCUGCCUCGACGGCGUCUUUCUCUUCCUCGGCAUGGCGGGCUUCGAUGGCAACGAGCUGUGGGAGCGGAUGUGGCUGAUGAUCACACAGCCGUCGCUGCGCGCCCGAGAGCUGCGCUUCAUGGGGGCGGACACGCGCUACUCGCGCGUGCAGCUGUACACGGCGAUCCAGCUCGCCUUUGUGGUGCUGGUGUUUGUGCUCGCCAAGCUGCCCUACAUCGCGGUGGCGUUCCCGUUGCUGAUCGCCGUGCUCAUCCCCUGCCGCAUCUACUGGCUGCCGCGUCUCUUCACGCCAACCGAGCUCGACGCGCUCGACCCGCCGGAGCCGCCGCCAGACUCGGCGCGCGAGCCUGAGCCGAUGUCGCCGCGCGCGGAGCCCGCUCGGCCAAGCCCGUGGCCGGACGGCGCGGCCGAGGGCGGUGGACUGCACCUGGGCGGCAGCAGCACUCUGUCAGAAGCCCACCAGGCUCUUUGA